AUGGGAGAAACAGCCACUGAUGGUCAUGCCACCAUUGCAAACGGGGCCGAUGAUGGUAUCCUGGGCAAUGGAAAGAAGCAAAUAUUCUUGAAUGCUUUUGACAUGUCCACCGUGGGGCAUCUCUCCCCUGGACAAUGGAAGAACCCUGGGGACAAGUCGGCGACAAAGCGAAAGCUCGAAUACUGGAUCGAGCUCGCCAAACUUUUGGAAAAGGGCGGCUUCAAUGCCCUGUUCCUGGCGGAUACAUAUGGAGGUUACGACACAUAUGAGCAGAGCCUCGAUAAUUGUAUUCGGCGCGCGGCCCAAUGGCCCAUGACGGACCCAACCAUUCCCAUCACGGCCAUGGCAGCCGUGACCAAAAACUUGAACUUUGCCAUUACUGCAUCAACUUCAUUCGAGCCACCAUUUUUACUGGCCAAGAGAUUUUCUACUCUUGAUCAUUUCACACAAGGUCGGUUUGGCUGGAACAUUGUCACUUCCUGGAAAAAGGCGGCGUUCAAAGCUAUUGGACUGGAGAACCCCAUUGAGCAUGACGAGAGAUAUCGCCAGGCAGACGAGUAUCUCCGAGUAUUGUACAAGCUCUGGGAAGGCUCAUGGGCAGACGAUGCCAUUUCACCAGAUCCUGCAAAUGAUAGCUAUGCAGACCCGGACAAGAUCAGGACCAUUAAGCAUCACGGCAAAUAUUACAACCUCGACUCUCGGCAUAUUGUGGAUCCAUCGCCCCAGAGAACGCCGUUCCUGUUCCAGGCCGGUACCUCGGCCGCGGGCUCAGAAUUUGCUGCGAGCCACGCAGAGGGAAUCUUUGUCUCUUCUCACUCGCCUACGGUACUGCGACCCAAGGUGCAAAAGAUUCGAGAGCUCGCACAAUCUCAAGGGCGCGACCCGCGCUCCAUCAAAUUCUUUGGCACAUAUACACCCAUCCUCGGCCGCACCGACGAGGAAGCCCGGGCCAAGUACGAGGAGCUCAAGAAGCACGCCUCGACGGUGGGCGGGCUGGUGCUGGUGAGCGGGUGGACGGGCAUCGACCUGUCCAAGAUCCCCAUUGACCAGGAGAUCACGGCGGCGGACUCGGUCGAGGCGCACAAGGUUCGCUCCAUGCUCGACGCCUUUACGACGACGAGCGAGCAGGUGCCCAAGUGGACGCCGCGCGUCAUUGCCGAAAAGGCGGCCAUUGGGGGUUUGGGACCCGUGGGCGUGGGCAGCCCGCAGACGGUCGCCGACGACCUGGUGCGCUGGGCCCGCGAGGCGGAUCUCGACGGGUUCAAUCUCGGCUACGUCACGACGCCCGGCACGUUCGAGGACGUGGUCGAGCUGCUCAUUCCCGAGCUGAGGCGCCGCGGCAUCUACCCCGAGCUAGAGGACUACGAGUCAGGUCUCACGGCGCGAGAGAGGAUAUACGGCAAGGGCCAGAGUGGACUGCGCGACGACCAUACUGGUUCGGCUUACAAGUACGAUCGAUACCAAGAAGAUCCACCGUACAGCUCGGCUGAGGAGACGCAGCUGGCCGAGGGAAAAGUCGCUCAGCAGACAGCUUGA